AUGGGUCUGUUGUCACUGCAGAACCUGGGGUUGUCCCUGUUGAUCUUGGUCGCCUUCUCCAGCCAAGCUUAUGCCUUUGGCGCUGGCAACAUUGCGUCUCUUUCCCGUCUCGAAGGCCAGAAUUGGCGUCAUGGAGACAUCGAGGAUACACUUCUAACUCUCUUCCUGGCUCGAGUGGCCGGUGGUAAGAAAUUUGGCAAGCUUGAUGUGAAACGGGUGUACUUCGGCAACUGGCUGCGUGAUUACAGCCAGGCAGUCGAUGUGGGCACUGUCAAGUAUGUCAGUGCUGAGGCAAUCCGCAUCCUUAUCUGGGUGCUGGGGUUUAUGAGCUUCGGCUACGGAACUGCGGAGUUUGAGGUUACCACCGAGCGACUAGGAUGUUAUCAACCCACAGAACACAUCGAUAACCCUUUGGGGUACGCUGAGGGAGAAGAUGCGCGUUCCUACGAUCGACGCCUGCGCGGUCCUGUUGACGAAAAUCGAGAGCUUUCAAUUGACCCCCGAACCGGCUUGAAGCAUUAUAUCGCGACAGAGGACAUGGGGAUUGACACUUCAGCCGCUCUGAUUCGCCGCGUGCUCGGUCGCUCAAUGCAGCUUGGCCGUCGCUAUGGUCGAUCUGGGAACAAGGACGAUCUCUACGAAGCUCUGCGACUGCUUGGCACUGGUCUUCAUUGCCUGGAAGAUUAUGCCGCUCACUCAAACUAUACAGAACUUAGUCUGAUCGAACUGGGAGAGACGGAGGUAUUCCCUCAUGUCGGACGUAACACUAAAUUGGAAGUUGAAGGUGCCAGUGACUAUGUCUAUCCAAUAGUAACUGGUACAUUUGGUGGUGUCGACUUCUUUCAUUCGGUUCUUGGGGAGCUGUCUGAUAAAACAAUGCAGUCCGAACUGCAGUCCCUGGAAGGUGUUAUCACUGAAUCUGAGAAUCAGAGUCCCUCUGAAAGCUUCCUGCAAGAUUUGCUGAGCAAAAUUCCCGAAGGUCUCAUUGGCAGCAGCAACGACCAGGCUGAUCAGAUGGAUGAUUUCAAAUCCAAGGCAGAUGAUGCCAGACACGACAGCCAGAACAUCAGUCCUCGGGAACCUGAAGAGUGGGCGCUUUACUUGAGCAAUGUCCACAAACAGAUUUAUCCGGUCCUUGAAUGGCAUGACCAACUUUUGAAACAGAUCAACGAGGCCAUCGAAAAAAUUCCAGUGUUGCCAGAUCUGAUCGAGCAAAUCCAGGAUCAAAUCACUGUUUUUGUCUUUUCCAUUUUGGCCCCCUACGUUCUGCCCAUCAUCAAGCAGGUCAAGUCGGAGCUGGAGACUGGUUCUUCUGAAGUCAUCCAGAGCAGCCGAGAGCAGCAACACAUUGUGUUUAACGACGACGACUGCUCAAAUCCGACUCACUCGAUGCUCUCCAAGGACCACUUCUCGAACAUCCUGAAUGAGCCAGCUGGUCGCAUUGCGUCAGCUGUUGUCGAGUGGUCGGUUCCUCAGCUCAUGCAAUGCUGGGAUGACGAAGACGCUGAUAUUGACCGAACUCUUGACCGAAUAAUCUCCGGUGUUUUCCAUCAUCCCGCUCUACGCGAGUACGGAAACGAUGGAGCUCGUGACAUUCGCCAGACCAUGUUUUCGACGGUUGAGAAGUGGUGGAGUGAGAAAGGGGACGAGGAACGUGAUGUCCUCCGUGACCAGCUGAGCCGUGAUGGUGUCUACGAAGGUAGGAACCACAAAGAUGGCGUACAAGAUUGCGGCCACGGGUGUGGCAAGCCGCUAGCCCUUCAUCAAGGCCAAGGCCAAGGCUCUGGUGGAGGCCAGCAGUCCGGUAGCUCUGGUCUUGAGGGCCUUGCCUCUCAGGCCAUUGGAGGAGGAGCCCUGGGUGGUUUAGUUGGUGGACUUGUGGGAGGCAUGAGCUCAAUGAUCCUCAAUGGUGGUGACUCCAAACCGGGGCGGGAGAGACCUGGGUCUCUAAAGUAUGACAGUGGGGAUGACUAUGAGCGUCCAUCUCACCAUGAAAGCCACGAGCAAUAUGGAGAGAACUCGUACGGUCAAGCGCCGCCUUCUGGUCCCAGUGGUUAUGGGUAUCCCAGUGACACAGGCUACGGAAAGCCUCCAGUUCACCACGAAGAGUUCCGUCCUCGUCCCAGUGGAUAUGAAUAUCAAAGUGAUACGGUCUAUGGAGAACCCCCGACGCGUCGCGAAGACUUCGGCGGUUAUGCACCCCCAUCGGCUGACUACCGCCGCGAGGAGCACUACCAAUAUCAGUCGGAAAGCCAUGGCUACUACCAAGAGGAAAGGAAAGAGACGAUUAAGCAAACCUCGCGAUACGAGUAUGGGGAAGGCCAAACUCCUGCUUUUGGAGGUAUGGAACGCCCAGCCUACGGUGGAGGAUUUGCAAGAGAGACCUCUUCCGGCUAUGGUAGACCACAGCCUGGCUAUAACGAGUCGGAGAAUCCUGGCUAUAGACAGGAAGAAGGUUAUGGCCAGCGGUUCGAUGGUGGCGGCGAUGAGUAUCGCAUCGAGCCCCAUUAUGAGCAUGAAGAGCGCCGCCACUACGGUUCGGGCUCUCGGAGUGGUAGCGAUGAUGAAAAGCGUUCUCGUCGACACCAUCACCACCACCACCACCACCAUGAACGGUCUGGUUCGGAUUCUUCGGAUUAG